GUUGCCGAGGGAGGUGGUCGCCAUGUUGCUGUCAGAGCGGAGCGGGCCCGCGGCCUCAGGCGGGCUUUGAAUUGGCACCGAAACAGAAGUGGCUGGAGCUGGGGCCGGGACCUGCGGCUGAGGACACCCCGACUCUCCGUGACCAUGAGGUGGACAGAGGCGCAGCGGCCGGACGGAUACAGCGGCGACACUGUGAGGGAACCGAGUCGGUGAAGAUGGCGGCGGCAGAGCGGCGGGAGGUCCCCCUCAUGGGAGGCUUCAUCCUCGCUUGUUCCUUCUUUUUGGGAGACGUGGAAUGUUCUGGAAUGGCUGCCUGCCGUGGGAGACUGGAGCCACACAAGGAGCACCGUGGAGUUAUCUACAGCCCUUCCUGGCCCAUGAAUUAUCCUCCAUCCAUGAACUGCAGCUGGUACAUUCAAGGGGACUAUGGAGAUCUCAUAACCAUCAGUUUUCAGAAUUUUGACCUAGAGAAUUCUCACAAAUGUACAGUGGACUGGCUGAUGAUUGGACCAACACCAAAACGAGAGGAAUACAGAAUGUGUGGCUCGUACACCCCCCAACCCUUCAUCUCCACAAGAGACCACGCCUGGAUCUUUUUUCAUUCUGAUCCAACUAGCUCAGGUCGCUCUCGGGGAUUCCGACUGUCCUAUGUCCGAGGGAGACUGACUCAGAGCAGCUGCAAGCCGGACGAGUUCCUGUGUGGGAACGGCAAAUGCAUCCUGAGCACCUGGAGAUGUAAUGAUAUGGAUGAAUGUGGAGAUAACUCUGAUGAGCAGGAUUGUCAGCUCCCCCCAACCAUACCGCACACAAGCCCGUGUUCAGCUAGAACGUUCCGUUGCCUGGUCAAUGAUGUCCCCCAGUGCCUCCUGAUGAAAGUUCGGUGCGAUGGCAGCAUGGAUUGUGACCAGGGAACAGAUGAGGAAAACUGUCCUGACACCAGCUGUGGCAAGAGAAUGGCCAAUUUCUACGGUUCGUUUGCUUCACCGGACUACUUCCGAUCCCAGCAAGACAGGGCACAGUUGGACUGUACCUGGGUGGUGGAUACUCAGGACAGCAGGCACAUUGUGUUGCAGCUGAACCUACAGUUGGGUUACAACGAUAAGAUGCUUAUGUAUGAUGGAGCAAGCAAGGAGCAGAGCAGACUGCUUCAGGCAUUAACCUUCCGUAAUAAUGGGCACACCAUCACCAUUGAGUCCUCACAAGGUCAAAUCACCGUCUUCUACCACAGUGACCCUGGCAGCACAGGCCAUGGUUUCAAUGCCACGUACCAGGUGAAAGGCUACUGCCUUCCACAACAGCAUCCUUGUGGCAAUGACGGGGGCUGUUUUGCAGAUACCCAGCGUUGUGAUGGCUGGUGGCACUGUCCGAACGGCAAAGACGAGGAGAACUGUGCUGCCUGCCAAAAAGAUGAGUACCCAUGUGGGGGCACCAGCGGCAUGUGCUACCCACUGGCUGAUCGCUGUAACAACCAGAAGAACUGCCCUGACGGCUCUGAUGAGAAAAACUGUUUCUCCUGCCAGCCUGGGAAUUUCCACUGUGGCACCAAGAUCUGCAUCUUUGAGCAAUGGCGUUGUGAUGGCCAGGAGGAUUGCCAGGAUGGCAGUGAUGAACAGAAUUGUUUGGUGGUGGUGCCAAGGAAAGUGAUCACAGCAGCCCUCAUUGGGAGCCUGAUAUGUGGCCUCCUGCUGGUCAUUGCCUUGGGCUGUGCUUUCAAACUGUACUCCCUUCGGACCCGCGAAUACAGAGCUUUUGACACCCCCAUGACCCGGCUGGAGGCAGACUUUGUGCAACGUGAGGCUCCCCCAUCGUACGGACAGCUGAUUGCCCAGGGACUCAUUCCACCUGUCGAUGACUUCCCUGUCUACAACCCUGCUCAGGCCUCUGUUUUGCAGAACCUGCGCUCAGCUAUGAGACGCCAAAUUCGUCGCCACGCCACACGCAGGAUGUCCCCGCGUGGACGCCUCAGCAGGAUUUGGAGCAGGUUCUUCCAGAGACCCAGGGGCUGGGGGCUUAUACCUCUGCUCACCCCAACCUCUGCAUCAACUGCUCCAUCAUCUCAUCUGGAUCAGAGUGAGACAGUGCGGAACUGCCAACAGGAUGAGAGCCGGCGAAACUGUGUACAACCUCCACAGGAGCCUGACUCAGACGUUGACACAGAGACUGAUCGACCAGUUGGUGAAACGUCGGGGAUUACAACAGAUGCCUUGAUGUUAGAAAACUCAGUGCCAAAAGCUUCUUCAUCGCCCAGCUCAGAUGGUCAGGCAGAGCUGCAAACCCCUUGCUUACUGCACUCUUCAAGUUCUGAGGAGACUUGUAGCACUGACUUUGACUUUCCUCUCAGGCAGUCAUCAAGGAGCAGCUGUAGCAGAGGUGUGCGUAUCCGUGAGCCACUGUCUGGCAAUCUGGAGUGGAGCUUCAGCAGCCGCCGACACCACUUUCGGCCCGGCUCUCGCACCGUCUCCAUGAGGUCUGCGGGAGGCAGGGCCAGGAGCUCGAUUACAAUGAAUAUAACAGUACUGGGCAGAAAUUACUUUUCAGCUGAAUCCGACCGUCACCAAGACCCCAGGCAGCAGAAUUUCACCUCGGUUUCUCCUGCAUGCAGGAGUCAGUGCUGCAGUUGCCCAGAAUCUGUGACAGAAAGACCAUGUUCCCUGUCAAUGCCUCGCCACAAACACAUCUGUGCAGAGAGCCCAUCGCCAGAGCCGUCCUUCCGGAACCCCUUCCACCAGCCAGACUCCAGGAGUGAUGAGCCAGCCCUGCUUGAUUGCUGAGAACCCCCCC